AUGGAGUUACCAUUUGCCGAAUCAUGGAAAAUCAAGAUGGUCGAACCAAUCCAUAAGAGCACACGUGAACAACGCGAGCAAUGGCUCAAGGAAGCUCACUACAAUGUCUUCCAGCUCACAGCCGACAAAGUCUACAUCGACUUACUUACAGACUCUGGCACAGGUGCUAUGAGUGAUCGCCAAUGGUCUGCUCUUAUGAUGGGUGAUGAGAGCUAUGCUGGUGCUUCAUCUUUCCUUAAAUUGAAGGAAACCAUCACAAAGAUCACUGGCUUUGAUUACAUUCUCCCAACACACCAAGGCCGUGCUGCUGAGAACGUUCUCUUCUCAUACCUUGUCAAGCAAGGCGAUAUCGUUCCAGGCAACUCUCAUUUCGAUACAACAAAGGGCCACAUCGAAAGUCGCCAUGCCACAGCCUUAGAUUGCACAGUUGACAUCGCCAAGGAUACACAAGCUGAGUAUCCAUUCAAGGGCAACGUCGACAUCAAGAAACUCGAAAAGGCUCUUGAAGAGAACAAGGACAAGAUCCCAUUCAUCAUCAUCACAAUCACAAACAACACAGCUGGUGGCCAACCAGUUUCCAUGGCUAACCUCCGUGAAGUUCGUGAAUUAGCUGACAAAUAUAAGAAGCCAGUUCUCUUCGACUCCGCUCGCUUUGCUGAGAACGCCUACUUCAUCAAGGUCCGUGAAGAGGGCUACGCUAACAAGACAAUCAAGGAGAUCUGCCUUGAGAUGUUCAAGUAUGCCGAUGGCAUGACAAUGAGUGCCAAGAAGGACGGCCUCGUCAACAUCGGUGGCUUCAUCGCUACACGCCUGAAGGAAUGGUACGAAGGCGCUAAGAGCUACUGCAUCAUGUACGAAGGCUACCUCACAUAUGGUGGUAUGGCCGGCCGUGAUAUGAGCGCUCUUGCCGCUGGUCUCGAGGAGAACACAGAGUUCGAAAUGCUCGAAACACGUAUCAAACAAGUCGAAUAUCUCGCUAAGAGAUUAGAUGAAUACGGCAUCCCAUACCAACGCCCAGCUGGUGGCCACGCUAUCUUCCUUGAUGCAAGAAAGAUCCUCACACACGUUCCAGCUGAAGAAUUCCCAGCUCAGACACUUACAGUCGAACUUUACCUCGAAGCUGGUAUCCGUGGUGUCGAAAUCGGCUACAUCCUUGCUGACAGAGAUCCAGUUACACGCGAGAACCGCUUCGGUGGCCUUGAUCUCCUCAGACUCGCUAUCCCACGUCGUGUUUACACAGACAACCACAUGAAUGUCGUCGCUGUCGCUCUCAAGAACGUCUUCGACCGCCGUGAGAAGAUCACACGCGGUGUCAAGAUCACAUGGGAAGCUGAAAUCAUGCGCCACUUCACAGUCCAGCUUGAACGCUUACAGUAA